AUGGGGCCAGAUUCCUUUGAUCCUGUUUUUCAGGUUAUGCCAGCCCAAGCGGGCGCGACUUCGCUGUUGAAUGGUGUGGUUCCUGGCACUGAGCAAAGUGGUUCUGUGAGUCGAGUGGAGCCAGCCGAGCCGCAUGUGACACCUGUGGGGGAAAGGAGCUAUGGUUCUGUGGAGCAGAGCAGAGAGCCCUUAGAUAUGCUACCUGAAGGCACCAGUGGCCCAGACGAGUUGGAAUCUGAGCAAGAUCUGCAGCAGGCCAGCAACAUAGCUGCGACGACUGGAGAAUCUGCCGGAGCAACGUUGUCUGAAUCGGUUGCGGGUGGUACAGGCCAGUCAGUGCAUGGGUAUUUUACCCCGCGGUCAAUGCAAUCGAUGGUUCCGACAAGAGGAACGUGGUUUGCUGGAAUGGAGAUGCCAGGGUGGGUGUCUCGCCUUGGGUCCUAUGUUUCGCUUGGGGGAACCCAAGCGGAGUUUUUUCCAAGUCCACUGGCAGGAAGUUCGAGAUCGUCCCCGCCGGGUGGACAAGCCUUCGUGUUGAGAUCGCCGGCGACGUCCCGGCCAAGACCUGCAGUUCCAUCGCCUCCAUCAUCGUCUUCAAUACCUGCAGAAGCAAUACAGGCCGAAGUGCAACGUCAGCUGGGAGGAAUCCUGGACAGACUUCGGGAAGCUGAAGCGAGGAACGAUCUCCUGCAGGCAGAAAUUGCAAGAUAUCAGACGAGCGAUGGAGCAAGACAAUCAUGGUCGCCGUGGGUCAAUGAGAAUGGAGCAGCUGGGAUGAACAGCCUGCCUAUGCCCUCUCAACCUGGAGAGCCAAUGGCAAUGGACCGUGGUGCAGCAGUUGGAAGUGGAGAGGGGCAGCGCGAGGCCCGAUCUCAAGAGCUGAGGAGUCCUGAAGUACCUCGACUGCCGCAACCAGAGAGGGCAACAGUCAAUGCUCACGAGAGGGUCCCACCGCCGCCGCAGCCAAUGAGUGGUGGGUAUACAGAUGACCGUGGAGAAGCUCCGCAGCACCAUCCGAGGGGAAGCCUGUUGAGCACGCUUCUUGGAAGGGCCAGAACUCCUUCUCCACCUCCACCGCAGCCUUCGUCUGAAUCGAGGGUCCUGGAUGCGUUGACAAAGGGCGUGCAGCAGCUGCAAGAGCUCCAAUUGGAGGCCAUGAAUCGGGCAGCCACCCCAUCGGGAGUUGUGGAGACAGUCAAGCCAGGUACAACAUCGCUUACUCCCUUACCGAGCCUGAAAGGUACGACAUCCCUGGCAACCUCGGCCCUGGAGUUUCAAGACUGGAUGGAACUCACUGCAUCGGCGAUGGCGGACAUCAGCGAGCAGAGCGGACAGUGGUGGGUCAUGGUGCAGAAAUUGGUCAGCGAGACCUAUUCUCGUUGGCUAAGGGCUACACCGUUGGAGCGCCUGCAGAUAGAGCCCACCAAUUCGGAACCCUUGUGCUCUGGUCGUUGGAUACGGGUCAAUGCACGGGUAAGUGCAAUGCUGCUUUCUGCCAUGGAAGAGGAGCUGAGACGAGAUAUAAUUUCGCAACGGCUGUCGCAGGACACCCCGAGAAUCCUGUUCCGGCUUCACACUCUGUUUCAGCCUGGAGGUGGAGCAGAAAGGCAUGAGAUGCUGAAAAGAUUGCAGUCGCCUUCGGAUUAUCUCAAUGAUGAAUCUCUGGAGGAAGUCUUGAAGACCAUCCGGGCGUGGCCCAGGUGGCUGGCGAGAUGCCAAGCUGUCGGCAUGAGUCCUCCGGAUGCCUCAGUCCUGGUCAAGGGAUUAGCAGCGCUGAGCUCGAAGCACAUUCAAAGUUCAGCUGACUCGGCCUUUCGGACCGCGAUGUUGAGGACAAGCCUGAGGCUGGAUGCGCAGCCGACCUUGGACCAGGUGGUGGCAUAUCAACGGCAUCUUCAAGCGGAACUGGAAACCUUGAGCUCGGCGGCAAUUCCUCAGGCGAGUGGACCCAAAGUUCGAGCGGUGGAGGCUGGAAGCCCAGGAGGUGCAAAGGGCAGAGAAAAGGGGGCAUCCGAAGCCUGUCGCUACUUCUUGAAACCGAGUGGCUGCAGAAGGGGUGCUCGGUGCAACUACUCGCACAGCAUGGCAAGCUUGGACAGGGAGACGAGAGCGAAGAAGUGUCUGCUUUGUGGAAGCGAAGCCCACAGACAGAAGGACUGUGGAGUCGGACGGCCUUCCCCGAAGUCCAGGCCUACAUCGUCGUCUACCACUACUACAACACCAGGCGGGAAGCCUGGAAGCGCGGAGGUUGCAGCUGUGGCAGUGGAUGCGAGCCCAUCGGCCCCAAUCCAAGGGGUCCCAUGGACACUGGAUGCACUGGUUCAGGCUGCCCAGCAGAUAGUGCAAUCCCAGGCGACAGCGGCAAGUGAAGAUGGUGACAAAAGCCCGGAGAAGACCGCCCCCUCCGCUAAGGUCCUGAUCGUGAAGGACAUCAGGAUAUCGUCUCUGAGGGCUGCAACGGCUUUGCUGGAUUCGGGAGCUACCCAUGCUCUUAGAACGGCCAAGGGUACUGAUGAGUGGAUUGAGGCAGAGGAGGUUUCAGUACAGCUGGCAGGAAGUCACUCUUUGUCAAUGCGGAUGAAUAAGUCUGGAACUUUGUUGAUGCCUCCAAGAGCUACCAGUACGGCGGAAGAUCGAGGGCAAACCAUUGUUCCUAUGGGUGAGCUGGUGAGAACCUUGGGCGACACGAUCCAUUGGUCACCUGAAGCAUGUGAACUCAUAGAUCCCGAGGGGCAGGCGUUGAAGCUGAACACCUCCUCGGGCUGCCCUCAACUGUGCGAGGCGGAAGCGCUCGCUCUCAUUGCUCGUCUGGAAGAAAGGAAGAGGGAGCGCCUGGUGAACGAGACGAUCUUGGCCGAGGACCGCUUGACUCGUAUGGAAGCUGCAAUGAAUACAUCGUGGUUCGAGUACCUCAUGCAUUACACGAACUCGGGAGAUCGGGAGCCAGGUCUAAGAGCGCUACGGGAUGCACCUUUCUUCAGCGACAUUCCGGGAGAGUGCCUGUGUGGAAUGAUACCGCAGAGACUGCCCGAGAAGGGGUGGGAUGUUCUGAAGCAACUUGAUUUCCUGACAAGGCAGCAGCGGCGGACUCUUUUGGCCUCCAAGCGAUGGGUGAUCCAUCUUUGUGCGGGAAAGGAAAGUCACCUAGAGUUCUUCAAGCUGGAAAGGGGUGACACGGCGGUUCUGGAGCUUGAUGUGGACCGAUGUCGAGGUCAAGACUUGUUGAGUCCCAAGGUGUGGCAGGUCCUCAUGUGGGGUGCUCGCGAAGGUCGUAUAGAUCUACUGUUCGGAGGACCACCUGGCCGCUCGGGUCUGAUCGAGUCGCUGCAGAAGGGUAGCUUCACAGCGACAAAGUCGAUGACAGUGAUUGCGCGGAUGCUUUGGCUUCAUGUGGUGGCAACUGCUGGAAGGCUGACUCGUGCUUCGGCGUCUAACAGGAGGAGGACAGUGGGUUUUCUUCUUGAGCAUCCGGGCGAAGACACCAAGCGGGGUGAGUUGUGGAAAACCAACCUGUGGAGGAGCUUUGAGGAAGAGUCUGCCCAGAUCAGGGUGAGCUUCGACCAGCAGGGAAUGGGAUCGAAAUGUCCUAUGCCAACAACAGUGGGAACGAACAUACCCUACCUCCAGGCGCUGAAUGGGAUCCAGACCGGGGAAGCUCAUGAGGAGAAUGACAAGGGCGAGGAAAGGACUUCGCGAUGGGCUCCGGGUCUGGUCAAGGCAAUGUGUGUCGCUUUUCACUUGUGGCAGCGUGGACCUUCUCUCAUGGCACUCAGUGAAGAAAAAUGGCGGCAACAUGUUGAGGCCAACCACCACCCAUAUCGGAGGGACUGCUUGACGUGUGUGAUGUCUCGAGGAUUGGGACGAAGACAUGCUCGAGUAUGUCAUCCUGACUCGUUUACAUUGACCUCGGACUUGACCGGGCCGUUGAAACCUGGCUUGGAUCCGAUACUCCGAGGAAGCUUGACAAAGAGUAUGAGGUAUCUUAUGGUGGCUCGGUACGUCUUCCCCAAGGAGUACCUGAAGGCUUACGGUGGCGGAGUGGUGCCUGGGGAGAAUUCUGUACCCGAACCCAAGGUGUCAAAGGACAUAGAAGAUGAAGAGCGCCAACACCAGGAAGGUGGUGGCAUAGAAGAUGUGGAGGAACCCAUAGAGCAACAACGAGAUCACCAUCGCGAAGCAGUUCCGAGGGGCAUUGAAAAUAUAGUUGUGAAGCCACUGUCGGAAGUCCACCAUGAAGAUUUAGUUCUGGAAGACGAAGAAGAGUCACCACCACAAGUUCCAUUACCCUCUGAUGUCGACUACGAGCCUACUUCAGACGAGGAGGUGUACGAGGCGAAGAAUGUUGUGGAUUCGUCUAGCGAGGAGGAUCACUCACCUGGAGGAAAGCCUAACCAGGUUAUGCUGCAUGGGGACUGUGAGGCGCCGGAGAUGAGCUAUCUGGUGUUUGCAACUGGAUUGGUAGACAACAAGAGCGCUACGAUUCGGGCUGCACUUCAAGAUGUGAUGCUGUAUCUGGCGAGCAUUGGGAUGCCGGUGAUGAGAUUUCAUGCGGAUCGAGGAGAAUUCUUCUCGAAAACCUUCCGAGAUUGGCUCAGAGGACAAGGAGUGAGAAGCACAUGGAGCGAACCGGGAGCACCACAAAGCAACGGGCAGGCCGAGAGAACUGUCAGAUGGGCCAAGGACCGAAUAAGGACACUGCUGGCCGGAGGUGGGUUGCCUUUGGAACUGUGGCCAACUGCAGCAGAAACAGCAGCAGCAGAGCAGCGAGCAGGUGUUCUGGGGUGGAAGUCGAGGUUGAUAGCUCCGUAUGGAUCGUUGGUUCAUCUGAGAAGAAGACCUUUCACUGCCAAAGGACCGAGGAGAAAGGGAGACGCUCUAGAGUCCAAAUGGAUGUCAGGCUACUAUGUUGGCUUGAGUGGUUUGCUGGAAAAGGGGCACUUGGUUUAUGUUCCACCUGGCAAGGACGAUGAGAAGGGAGGGUUCAUGCACACCUUGCACGUCCGUCCUCAUCUUCAUGACCCAGGACCACCUCGUCAUGAGCUGGAAGCGCAACUGGAGGAAAAACCAAGGAGAAGAAUUCGAGAAAAGGGGCCACCUCGUGAAUGUCAGCUACAAGUGAAGAACCCGACGGUGGAAGAGGUAUCUCAGUAUGCGACAAACUCUGCAAGGGAAGUCUUGCAGGACUGGGAUACGGAGCAAGCCUUGGAGUUGAUUCAGGAAUUGGGGGCCUUGAACUUCUUCGACACGCGAAAGUUUGGGGUGUAUCGCCAUGGAGGAGUAGUCGGGAUCAUGAAGGGGACUCAAGAGUACCCAGAGGUGACGAAACUGCUGGCGAGGACUAUAACCGCAUUACAACCCACGGCUACAUUUACGGCAAUAUGGAUUCCUCGAAAUGUGGAAAAGGCCAUGCAUAAGGAUGUCAAUAAUGACCUCAAGACCGAGAAUCAUAUCGUCCCGAUAAUGGUCCCUGAUCGAGGAGGAGAAGUAUGGGUUGAACUUCAGCCGGGAGAUGUAGUCCAAGGUCCGAUAAGCUUGAGAAAUCUACCUGACGGGCAACAGAUCUUUGGGCAAAUCUUUCCCUUCAAGAGAGGACAGUCUUACUCCUUUAAUGCGAGGAGGAGGCACGAGAUUCAGCCUUGGAGUGGGAAUCGUCAGGUUCUGAUUGGUUACACACCGGAUGCCCUGGGAAAGUUGACAUAUGAAGACAUCGACCGCUUGGAGGAACUGGGGUUUGUCGUACCGUUGUCGCAAUUUCCAGAAGCAUGUGCUGGACCAGAGGAAGACGUGAAUCUGAAAAGGUGCGCUUGCUCUGAUACGGAAGCUGAAGAGGAUGAUGGUGCAGAAGUCCUCAUCGACACCCUGAAUGGAAGAGUGUGCCUGGAUCCACUGCUUGAGUCCAGCGAGGUUGAAGUUCCUGCAGAAGCAAAAAAGGUCGAGGCGAGCCACACGCGUGGGAUUGAGUUGGUGUUGAAAAAUCUGCAAGGCCCUCUGGACGUGACACAUACCGUUAGCCCUGCUGAAGUACUUGAGAACCUAAAGGCAUGGGAGCCAGCAAUCAGAAAGGAGGUGGAUGCGGUUUCGAUAGCGAUCCUCAAGCUCCUACCUGGUACUCCUGAAAGACAGCAAUGGUUCAGGAAAUCUGGUGUGCAGCGGCUGCCUACCAAGUUUGUGUUCACCGUGAAGCCUCGGGAUGAUGCAAAUCCUGCGGAUCCAUCGACAUGGUACAAACGAAAGGCGAGGCUGGUUGUGUGUGGGAAUAUGGCCAACAAUGUGUGUGAGUCGGUCUACACCGAGGCUGCGCCGGCGGAGGCUGUUAGGGCCACAUUGGCCUUGGCAGUCAAGAAAGGAUGGUGUGUGGCGAUCCUGGAUGUGGUGGCAGCAUUCCUACGAACGCCCAUCGGGGAGAAUCAGAAGGACCCAGUCAUCAUUGUCCAACCACCACGACUGCUACAGACUCUGGGAAUCACUGCCAACUGGGAGCUAUGGGGACUGUGCCGUGCGUUGUAUGGAUUGAAGGAAGCGCCCCGGCUUUGGGGCAGUUACCGAGAUCGACAGCUAACUGGCAUGACGGUCACCAUUGAGGAUGCCAUCUGGUACGUGAAGCAAGGUCGCGCCAUUACAAGUUGGUGGACUGUGCAGGCUCGAAAUGGAGAUGUAAGGGCAGUCAUCGUGAUUUAUGUGGACGACUUUAUGCUGGCUGGAGAAAGGGCAGUGAUACAUGAGCUUUCCAAACAAAUCCAAAACCUGUGGGCCACAUCUGAUCUGCGAUUGUUACAACGGGGUGUGAGCUUGAGGUUUUUGGGUAUGGAACUUCAUCAAGAAGUCGAUGGAGGUAUCAGCAUUUCACAGGAAGGCUAUACACAAGAACUACUUCGUCUACAUCAGGUGCCAUCAUCGCAUACCUGCCGGGUUCCCUUGGGUCGAGAUCAAGCGGUCUUUGGUACGAUAGAGGGGGACAAGGAGCCUUCACCGGAAGCCAUUAGACAUGCGCAGCAGCUGACAGGAGAGAUUUUAUGGCUAGCUCAACGGAGUCGACCAGACGUUGCGUAUUUGACUUCCCUCAUGGCCAGUCUUUCCAGCCGGGCACCUUUCCGAACAAUUGAUUUGGGGCAGCGAGCUCUGGGGUAUCUACAAAGAACGCGAGACCUUCGCUUGCGGGUGGCUUUCAAUGGCGACAACCUCCAGAUGUUUUGCGACGCUGCUUAUGCUCCGGAAGGAGCACGAAGCCACGAAGGCUGGGUCGUACUGUGGGGUGGAACUCCCAUACUAUGGCGGUCAAGCCGCCAAAGCAUCAUAUCCCUAUCGACGGGGGAGAGCGAGCUGAUUGCAAUCCUCAAUGGGACAGUGGGAAUGCUGGGUGUGGAGGCCAUAUUGUCGGACUUGAGUGAGCACGUUUCGAGUCGGGAAAUAGUGUCCGACAGUACCUCAGCGUUGUCGAUUGCAGGAGGAGGAUGCAGCUGGAGAACAAGACACCUGCGAAUAAAGGCGAAUUGGCUGUUUGAACAACUGAAAUCUGGAUAUGUCACCUGUCGACACUGUGCGGGGCGAGUGCAAAUCGCAGAUCUAUUAACUAAGGCUUUAGCUGGACCAAGAAUUUCAGACCUUUUGGCAUUGUGGGGAAUAGCAACUGAAGGGCCAAGCAAGACAGCGGCAAUUUCAACAGGGGCUGCCACUAAGAUUCUGGUAGCGCUGAUAUGUUGCUUAUUGGUGGUGUCAACCGAAGCGGUUGAGCAGAUCGAAGUUAGCGAGGACGACCGUCUGCGACUGCAUUGGGAUAUGGUGGGAUACUGCCUAGUCUUGGUGAUGAUCAUUGGGGCGCUGACAAUUUGGGAGGUUGGAAAAUGGUUGUUGGUCAAUGUGGCAACGGAUUGGCUUCCAGGACCAAGAGACAAAAAGCUUCGUCGCCUGCAGAAACUGCAAGAAGCAACAGCUGAGGCGAUUGAGCGAGAGCUCCAAAAGAUUGAGGGAGCAAAUCGAGGAUCAGCGACGACUUCCAGAACACCAAUGUCAGAAAACUCCGAUCACGAGCCUCAAGUGCAACCUCGAGUAAGACGAGAUGAUCAUGAAGGAACGAGUACACCGAGGUUGAGAAUUUCGAUUUCACAGGAGAGAGAGUCUCCUGGGAUAAGGAGUACGACAUCGUCAUGGACAGAUCAUGAAGUUUCGACUGUGGAGCGAGUUCGUGUAUGUCGAGACUUGAUCAAUGUGAUGACGAUGGAAUAUUUGAGAGAUGGCCUGCGUGCUGAAAACAUGACAGUAUCGGGCCUGAAGAAUGAGUUGGUGGGCAGAUUGGCCACCCGUCUUCAAGUGGAGGUUGAUGAGGAUGGCUAUGAGAGGCCCACCGUCAAGCAGAUGAAGUAUGUUUUGUGGAUGUGGAGGGAGCGUUCCCUCUCAUACAAAGUGCAUAUGAACUGGGACCAUAUCCGAACGAAAACAAGGAUCUCCCAGUCCAUCGACCGGUGGCGACACCUAUGA